GGGAGUGUUGCUCUCAACAUUUGCUCAACAAACUAGCAUCUUUCCGCUCUCCUCACUAUUUGUCUUUUGGGGGAAUAUGGCUUCAGAACCGGUCUCUGACUGGCACUAAACCUAAAGCGACACCUGGAAUUUCUGGUUGCUUCAAGCUAACGUUAGCUGCUAAAAUCCCUCGGGAGUAUUUCAGCAGUACCACCGCGGCUGCCUUUCAUCUCGAGUGUGCCAGACAGCAGCAUGAUGAAACGGACAGCCCAGUGGUGCCGAACCCCGAAUCCCUGUGUGGUAACCUCCAGAGAGACCUCCUUCCAGGCCAGGAGAGGACUCAAGCUUAAAAGAACUGGCAACAUCCAGGAAGAACAGGGUCAACCGGGGAAGAGAUGCUGCAGGAAUGAGAUGUAUUGUCGUAGAAGCACUCUGCCACCAACAAUUGCCAUUCAGCAAGAGGAAAUGGCAUCAUACUUUAAACUUUUUGAUGAUGACCUAAUCUAUGACUUUUUGUUGAUGGACUGUUGCUGUAAAAUGACUGACAAGUAUCUUCUGGCCAUGGUUUUUGUCUACUUCAAAAGGUCACAUUUGACCAUUCCAGAAUACACAAAGAAGAACUUUUUCAUUGCACUGUAUCUUGCCAACACCAUGGAGGAAGAAGAGGAGGAGAGUAAAUAUGAGAUUUUUCCCUGGGCACUGGGUAAGACCUGGAGGAAGAAACUUCCACAAUUUCUCAAGCAGCGGGACAAGUUUUGGGUGCGCAUUGAUUACAGAGCGGCUGUCAGCAGGCGCUGCUGUGAAGAGGUGAUGGCCAUCAUGCCAUCUCACUUUGUGUGGAAACGAGAGCGCUCAGAGCAACACAGUGGCGCUCAGAGGCAUUAUGAGGAAAGAGACACAGCCCGUCUUCCACGCGGGCCGACAGCCUCUCCAGUCCCUUGUGCCCACUGCAGCUGCAAGAGCACAUUCAAUCAGCAGCUGUACCUCCCCUCUAUACCCAGAAGCUCCUCCGUGCAAAGCUGCAACCCUACACUCCCUCUCAGCACUCACCUGAGUUUGGAGGAAACCCUUCCCAGGGCCACUGCCACUCGCACGGGGAGAAUUGAGACCAGGGACCAAAACCAGCAUUCUUCCCAAUGCAGUGAGGCAGUUGGCAACGAGUCUUCCAACUCGUCCAUUUACGACGCUUCCAUGGAGUGGAUCAACAGAUAGUAGAGUGUCUCAUCACAUCUGCGUCGUUCCCAUCGUCCUGUUUCAAUUUCCCACCUUGUUUUAGCAAAUGUCUUUUAUACAAACAACACCUAUCGCCUUCAGUGGCUGUAUUGCUAAUGGGACUGUUCACAUUCAAGAUUAGUGUUGUCUGUAAAACACCAAAGAAUAUGGUUGAAAAGCUUAUUUAUCUCACACACCCUUCUUGGUAUUUAUAUAUUUAAAUACUUGCAGCAUAACCACCACCUGUAAUUAAACUUAAUUAAUGCACAAUGUUUAACAUAAUUUAAUCCUAAUUGCUUAAUUUGGUGGUACAUA